AUGCAUCUAUGUAUUACGUAUUCAAGGCUCAGAGUGUUAUCAGUAUUGUACUCGACAGAUAUGGAGUUACUUGGAGCUGAACACCCAAGAAAUCUUAUUCCUGAGUUAUGCUCCCAAUUCUACCAUUUAGGAUGGGUGACAGGAACCGGGGGAGGAAUUUCUAUAAAAGAAGGGGAUAAAAUCUACAUAGCCCCAUCUGGUGUACAAAAAGAAAGAAUGAAACCUGAUGAUUUGUUUGUGCAAACUAUCAACGAUGAAGAUUUAGAGUUACCACCACCAGAAAAGAAAUUGAAAAAGAGUCAGUGCACUCCCCUAUUCAUGCUGGCUUAUAAGGAAAGAGGAGCUCGAGCAGUAAUUCAUACACACUCACCUCAUGCAGUCCGAUGCACAUUACUUUAUGAUAAGGAAUUUAUUAUAACUCACCAGGAAAUGAUUAAGGGAAUAAAAGAUGCAAAACUAGGAAGAUACCUAAGGUAUGAUGAAAAGUUAGUGGUGCCCAUAAUAGAAAAUACUCCAUUUGAGAAGGAUUUAGCAGGUAGUUUAGGAGAAGCGAUUGAAAAAUAUCCCGGAACAUGCGCAGUGCUUGUUAGAAGACAUGGUGUAUAUGUAUGGGGUGACAGUUGGCAGCAAGCAAAAACUAUGACGGAGUGCUACGAUUAUUUAUUCGAAAUGGCCGUGGAAAUGAAAAAAUUGAGAUUAGAUCCAGCAUUUAAUCCUGAGACUGGAAAAGUUGAAAAUGGCGCGUAA